UGUCAACUGCGGAAGGUAGCACAUCAUGUCGAAUUUGAUCACGGCAAUCUUACACGCUCUACAGCCGUGGACUUAUCAUCUCCUUUUCGGUUCCAUCCUUUUCUUCAUACUCCACAAAUAUGGCGUUUCGCACAUCCAACCAUGGUUCUUUGCCAAAAUAUACAAUCCGUGGCUAACCAUCUAUCACGUCAAGUUGCGGUCGAUGAAACAGAAACAUUUCGAUUCGAUGAAGAAUCAUGUUUCAGCCGAUCCGAUAUUAAGGAAAAAGGGCGCCAUCAGGAUAUUAGAAAUCGGUCCUGGACCGGGAUUCAAUUUCGAAUUUUAUCCAGCCAAGAGCGAACUGACUGUCGUUGAAGUCAAUCCGUUUUUCGAGGAGCAAUUUUUCAAGAAACAGGCCGAACAUCCGCACAUCAAAAUGGAUCGUUUCGUCGUCGGAUUCGCCGAAGAUAUGAAGGAUGUGCCCGACAACAGCGUCGAUAUCGUCGUAUCAACAAUGGUCCUCUGUUCCGUCCGCAGUAUAGACAAAGCCCUGCAAGAAGUUUAUCGUGUUUUGGCUCCGGGUGGCAAAUACUAUUAUUGGGAGCACAUUCGCGAGUAUCAGUACUCGUGGGUGCUCUUCUUUCAACAUCUGCUCUCCUUGACGAUUCACCGAUACCUCUUCCGCUGCAGUUUGACCAACAGGAGCGAUGAACUGAUCAAAGCCAAUAAAUGCGGUUUCUCCAAUGUUGAGCAGCAACGUUUCCGCACUCCAUUGGGACCAGGAAUCGAUAAGCUGGCCAUCUUUCAUAGCGCCCAUGCUAAAGGAAUCGCCACAAAGUAAAAUGAAAUGACAUUCGGCCUGACCAAAUGUGUUUCCCUUCUUGUCCACGUUUUUCAAACGUUUCCCAAUGAAAACGCAGAUUUCGAACAUUUUUAAAAACGUCCGCGUAGGAAUUCUCGAUCAUGUAUGUGACUUAAAAAAAAAAAGUAAUAGAAAAUGUGGAAAAUAA